AGCUAAAAGUCGUAAAGAUUACUAGAUUAGCUCUAAUUAGAUAAUUAGAGUACUCAUUAAUCUUUACAGCAUUUAAUUGUGUUCUCUGAGGAACUCUAGAAGACACGACAGAGAUUUACAUUCAAAACCUUCUCUCUCUCCCUUUCUCUCUCAUACAGUCUGUAUUCUGUAGCAAGACUGGCAAGUGGCAACUAUUCUUUGCUUCUCUGCCAUAUUUCUUCUUCUCCUUCAACAUUUUGACCUCUCUUUCGCUCUCCUCAACCUCAAUCAUUGCUUCCGCACGCCAAUAAUACUUGCACGCUUUGACAUUCUCAAAUUUGUAUAAUUUUCUUCCCGUUUUUUCAAUACAUUAUUUGAGAUUGUUUUGCCUUUGAGCAGCUAAACCCAGUUCACAAAUCCAAUCAAUAAGUACUAAAAUAAAAUAACAUCCCAUCUUAUAAAGUCAAAAUUAUGUGUACCCAGAUCAGUUUUCAGCUUCUCUGAUCUAAAAAAAGGUUGGGAUUUGGGGUUUUAGAUAAUACCUAAGAUACCCAAUUUCACCAAAAUUUUAAUUUUUGUUUUCUGGGUUGUUUUUUGUUGAUUUGAUUCGAGAUGUCAGCUUUCAGAGCUCCAUGUCCUGCAAAUUCAGUCCUAUACAACAGAACCCUUUGUGCUUGUGCACCUGGGUAUCUAUUCAAUGCCACAGCCAAUAACUGUGCAUUAUUCACAAUCAAUCCUUCAGAGUUUGUUGUGAAUUCUGGGGUUGAUUACUCAAUUUCAUUCCCAGAAACGAUCUUCUCUUUUGACCAAAUUAAGAAGUUUACUCAGUCUCAAGCUGUGUUCUUAGAAGCAACUGCAGUUUUGCUGGUUUCUUGGCUGUUAUUCUGUGUGUUUCUUAGGUUUCGCAAGUUGGGUGAUGGAAAGAGUAUUUGGUUCCAGAUGAGAUGGUGGAUUAGUCGCCUUGAUGUUUGCUUUGCUACUAGGCAUUGGCUGGAGGAUCAGAAGGUUGUUAGGAAGAGAAAAACUGAACUUGGAGGAGCAUUCUCCAUUGCCAGUUGGAUACUUUUCCUUGGUCUGUUCUCGGCGCUUCUGUAUCAAAUCAUAUCCAAAAGAAGUGUGGAGGUGCAUAAUCUCAGGGCAACAAAUGCUCCUGAUCUAGUAUCUUUUGUGAAUGAGUUUGAGUUCAACAUUACAACCAUUUCUAGCAUGAGUUGUGCUCAAUUGCGCGGUCUUGGUACUAUAUUUUUAAGCAACCCUGGUUCCAUUGACUAUCGCAUAGCACCUCUGUCAAGCUUUGCCAACUAUUCUUGCCUUAACACUACCCAUGGACCAACAAUAAGUUUAAGAUGCAACAAUUGCCCUCUUGGACGGGACAAUGUAUACGUCUCGUGGCAAUUUAUUGACUUGCCCAGUCAACCUGCCAGUGCAGUUGCAUUUGAAUUCAAUCUUUCAGCAAGAAACCCUGCACAGAAGAAACAUAUGAGCGUAGUCAGUGGUGUGGUGAGAAGUGGAACUGAUUUGAAUGAUAUGCCUUUAGCGUUCAGAGGCGGGGAUACAAAUGUAUUGAAGUUCAAUUUGUUUCCCAGAGUAUAUCAGAAUCUACAUAAUCUAAAGCUUGUCCAACCUCUGUUCCAUGAGUUUGUUCCGGGUUCCUUCGCAGGAGAUGCAAAUGCUCUUCAAGCGUCUCUUCAAAAUCCGAAUAAUGGAUUAAUUAAUACCACAGUGCUCAUCAGUUUCCUCUCUGACUACAUUGUUGAGAUCGAUAAUCAGAAUAUAUUGGGACCUGUGAGCUUCCUUGCAGAUCUUGGUGGUCUUUACUGCAUAAGUAUUGGGAUUUUCUUCUACCUUUUGGUGCAAUGUGAAUAUAGGAUCAAAAGACUACGCAAUGAAGAUCAGGUUUUCAGGAACAUCAGAAGUCGGCAUAGAGCUAAGGCUCAUUGGGAUACGUUAAGAAAAUAUGUAAAGUAUACAUGGGGCCCUAGCUCAUUACUUGAAGAGAAUUAUAACUUUAGCAGUGACGCAUGCUGUGGUUGUGCUAGGGGUACCCCACGCAAAAAUGCUGAAUCGUUACACAGAAGGAGUCGUCAAGAAAUUAGUUUGCGUGCCAUUAGUUUUGACAAGAAAGAUAGUUCACAUAAGGGAAAGGUUGGAAAACGUUUGUCAGAACCUGUAAAAAGCUUAGAAGAUGACAAUAUUCCUCUACCACCAGCUUUACCUGAAUCUAAUGGAAAUUCUACAGUUGAUGUGUCUGAUAUCCAAAAGAACCUUCAAGAUCUAUACGAAUAUAACACAAUGUUAAGGGAGAAAUUGGUCAAUACACAAUCUAUGCUUCGUGCUUUAAAAACCAAGUAUCCAGCCAUGGCAUCAGAUGACCAAACGUGAUGUUUACAGUUGACGCUAAUUGAGAUUGUUUCUAGAAGCUUGAAGCAACUGUAAAUGUCAGCUUCAUAAGCUUCCGGUUUUCCCUGAUGAGCUCCUUCGUGCUGUUGAUGACGUGGAACUGUAUGUGGGGGGCGUUCAUUUUCAUGUAUAAUCGUAAAUUGGUGAAGUUCAUUGUUUGUCUUCGUUGCAGAACCGAGUUAGGAAGCUGCCGUAUUCCACAUGGUGUGAAUAUGAGAUUCGGGUUGCUGUAGAAGAGCGCUUACAUUUUUUGUGACUGUCAUUUGCUGAUACCGGAAAAUACGGAGUGAAUAUAACAGUGUUGUUUUGAGGAGCACAAUGUGCCUCUUUUUUGUUCUACUAGUUUAAGUUUGUAAAUAUUUUAUGCACAUAAGUAUUUCAGUAGUUAAAAACUAAAUGUGAAAUCCUGCAAAUGUCAGACUUUGUGUG